AUGACAAAUGUGGACCAUUCGGAAUUUGUUAGUACCAAACAGGGAUGCAACCAAAAAGAGGUUAUUUAUGUAAUAAUCAUUUCCGCACUUGGCAUUUUCUUUCGCAAUAUUUGCAUACCAUGGAUUUUUCUUGGAAAACGAUUUAAUACGAGCGUAAUAUCAUACUGGUUUAAAUUUAUAAUCGAUGUCAUAUUUAUCGUGGCCCCGCCGUUAUUAUCCCUAACCAUAUUUGCAAAUCAUUUGGAGCAUCUUCUAAUCAUUCUAGCUACUUCAACCGUUAUUUUAUUAUUUUUCGUUGCUUUUGAAUAUUAUCAACAUCCGUUUGGGCACUCGAUGAAGAAUUCAUGGAAUCGAAUUAUCGAUGAAACAUACCAUCCGACAACAUUUGUUACAUAUUUGAGGGCUUCUACGAUGAUUCUGACGGUUUGCGCAAUUCUUGCGGUUGAUUUCCCAAUCUUUCCAAGGAGAUUCAGCAAGACAGAUUCCCAUGGUCAUUCGUUGAUGGAUACUGGCGUUUCAGCAGCUGUGUUCAUCUCAGGAUUAUCCAGUAGAAUGGCCAGAUCGCAAUCAUCUGGACGACCUAGGAAUCCGCGAUUCACGAAAUGGUACACCUCCAGCACAUUCCUCCUUUUCCUUAUUGGAUUUGCCAGAAUGAUUGUCCUGGAGUUCGUCGGAUAUCCGCAGCAUGUCAACGAAUAUGGUAUACAUUGGAAUUUCUUCUUCACUAUGGCAGUUGUAAGGAUAGCCUACACGUUCCUACCCCGCAAGUUUCCAUUCGCCACUUCCAUUGUACUAGGAGUAUGCCAUCAAACGUUAUUAAACUCUGGAUAUCAGUAUUGGAUCUUAACUGAAGGCGAAAAUCAGAGGGAGAAUUUGAUUGCAGCCAACGCCGAAGGUAUUUUCAGCUUGUUAGGGUAUCUGACGAUAUUCUACGCGAGUCUGGCCGUUGGAGACAUUCUAGCAAGUACAUGCAUAAGAAUAAAAUCUUGGAUCCGCCGAGCUUUUCAUAUGGCAUUCCUGUCGUUUCUCAUGUAUGUGUGCCAAGUGAUCAGUGAACAGCACCUCGAUCAACCUUCGCGACGAGUGGUCAACCUCACUUAUAUCUUUUCUCAACUGUUUCUGAUGAUUGGUGCAACAUCUCUUCUCCUUUUCAUUCAAAUGUUCAAUAUUGUAGUUCAUUCAUCAAAUGUUCCCCAAUUUUCUAAUGGCGAGACACCAUUCGACAGUCUCACACCAUGUCUUUGCGAGUCGAUCAAUCUCCAUUCCCUUGAGUAUUUUCUCCUCUCGAAUGUGCUUACCGGAAUUGUAAACAUGUCGAUAAAUGCUCAUGAGACGCGAGAUGAGACUAUCUCGUUGUCGAUUCUCACCGUCUACAUGUUCAUCGGCGUAUUUAUAGUGCACUCAUUGGCGUUCCGAAGAACGAAAAUCGUGCACAGCGAGUAG